UCAAGGUAUCUAUAUACAGUCAUAUACACAUGGUAGAGGAUUUGUACGGAUGCUCCGUCGGCACUAAAAGCUGUACGAAGGUAGACUACGAACCUUCGUACCUUCGUAGUAGUCAAGAGUCACUGUAUGUGCAGCACUGAUAAAAUUCAUUUUCAACCAGCAGCAUUUGAAUGGGCACGUGUGCUGCGGGUGGACUGGAAAAUUCAUUGGAUGACGUGGCGGGAAAUGGUUGGCCGGAAAAAACAAAGGAUACACCAAAAACUAUUCGUGCAAGCCUCCGCACAAGGGCUCUGCGUGUACACUUAACCGCCCUGUAGUCACAUCGGAAGAACCGAAUCUUCAGAUAUAAGAUGAGCGGAUUCUCCCAGAUCCGAGUUGGCGCAUCGGUGCGCAAUUCAUCUCGACUGACUUGGUCUGAUGCCACUCGUCGUACUUGCUCCCCAAGCUCGAAGGCUGCGGACGUCGACCUCGCGCCACCGACCAAACGUGUGCCCCCCAAACUUCCCGACGGAACGCCGAUUGUGCCGCCUCAAGACCUCGCUUCGCGCCCACGCCGCAACCGCCGAAGCGCAACUGUCCGAGAGGCCUUUCGUGAGACAAUAUUGACUCCAGCAAACUUCAUUUACCCUAUUUUUGUUCACGACGGCGAGGACGAUAUCCCGAUUGACUCGAUGCCCGGACAAUCGCGUCUUGGCUGGAGAACCGGUAUGAUCGACAAGGUGCGCGAGGCACGUGCGACCGGUGUGAACCAAGUUGUGGUCUUUCCCAAGACGCCAGACCACCUGAAAUCAGCCACAGCGGAAGAGUGCUUCAACCCAAAUGGGCUAGCACAGCGGUCAAUUUCACUCCUUAAGGACACGUUUCCGGACCUUGAAGUCUACACGGAUGUCGCACUUGAUCCGUACAACACGAUGGGACAUGACGGCAUGGUUAGAUCCGACGGCGUAAUCUUGAAUGACGAGACUGUGUACUACCUUUGCAAGCAGGCUGUCUCCCAGGCUCGAGCUGGUGCUGACGUUAUCUCUCCCUCUGACAUGAUGGAUGGUCGUGUAGGCGCCAUUCGUGAGGCGCUCGAUGCUGAAGGUUUCACGAAUGUAGCAAUCAUGUCAUAUACUGCCAAGUAUAACUCUGCUUAUUACGGUCCGUUUCGAGACGCGCUAGCAAGUGCUCCACGUCCAGGCAAUGAAGAAUGGCGUAUACCGAAAGACAAAGCAGAAUACCAGAUGGACCCUGCGAACUUCAGAGAAUGCCUUCGGGAAGCUGCCCUUGAUGAAGCUGAAGGUGCUGAUAUCAUGAUGGUCAAGCCCGCAGGGGCGUAUCUGGACAUUAUACGUGCUCUCAAGGAUAGUACAACCCUUCCUAUAAGUGCCUAUCAGGUGUCUGGUGAGUAUUCCAUGCUAAAGGCUGCGGCCGCUGCAGGAUACUUGAAUGAAAGGGAUGCUGUUCUUGAGAGUCUCAUAUCAAUUAAACGAGCCGGGGCAGAUUUGACUCUGACUUACUUUGCUGUUGAUGCCGCUAAAUGGCUGCAAGAAGCAUGA